AUAACCUUACCAAGAUUUUUCAACGACGUAAUUGCAAUGACAUGAAGUAAGUUAAAUUGUUUGUUAGUUAUUAUUAUCUAUGUAUAUAAAAAUAUUGACAAUAUUUUUAAAAAAAAUGAACAAAAAUUUCUAACUAAUUUUAUUAGUUUUUGAUUGGUAAAUAAAAAUAAGGUUAUCUGGUAGACCUGAACAUAUGUAACCUUGUAAACAUUAUUUAGAAGUUUAAUUGCAAUAAAAAUCAGUCAGAAAGUUUAGUUGAAAGUAAUUAUUUAAAUAAAAAUAUCUAUAAACGUGUUUGUAUGUGAAUAAUUAAUUAAAAAUGUCAAAUCAAAGACAAAUUAAAAAUUAUGUUAUGCUUCGUGAUGCAAUUAAAAAGAAAAACAUCCAAAGAGUUCGAAGUUUAAUACAAAAAGAUAUAAAUAUUAAUACUUUUGAUGGAAAAAAUAAUACCCUUCUUCAUUUGGCAAUUAUUAAAUUCGAAGACGUAGAUGUUCUGACAAUGCUACUUGAUAAAGGUGCCAACAUUUAUGCUUUAAAUCACAAUCAUGAUAAGCCACUUGAAUUUGCAAUCAAGAAUAACAAAACACAAGCAGCAGUCUUACUUAUAGAAAAAGGAGCUUUAGUUGGAGAAAAUCUAAGACCAUUGUUGCUUAUGGCAAUUGAAAAAAAUAAUCACACCAUAGUUAGGAAUUUAAUUAACUACGGAAUGCAAUACAAUCCGUUACUUGAUUUAAUAAUUCCCUUCACUGUUGCUGUUUCUCAAGGAAAACCUCAAAUAAUUGAACAUAUUUUACCGCAUUGUCAGUUUUCAAAACCAUCAGAUAAAUAUAUUCCAAGAGAACUUGUAAUCAAAUCGGGUCAGCAAUACAAGGAUUGUGUUGAAUUAUUGUUGAAAUGGAAUUUUGUUAUCAAUCCAACUAGUAAUCAAGAUAAAAAUUUUGUCUAUGCAGCUAUAGAAAAUGGUCACCUACCGAUUGUGUUACAAUUAUUGAAAUUAGGAAUUGAUGUUGACUUAAAAAGUUCAAGAACCGGAUUGGAUCUAUUGAAAGUUGCUUGCUUAAAUAAACAUUAUGAAAUUGCUGAGCAUCUUUUAAAGAAUAAUGCUUCUGUAAAUACAACGACGCCUACUAGCACCAGAAUAUUAAAUAAUCCAACGUAUAACUAUUGCAGUGCUUCGCUCUUAUUCACUUACAAUACGAAUAAUUUAUGUGGACUAACAUGCUUGCAUAUUGCCGUUUUAAAUUCUGAUCCAGUUAUGACUAAAUUAUUGUUGAAAUAUGGUGCAAAAAUAGUAGAUGAUCCAAAGUUUUUUAACAUCACCUGUAUUGCUGUACGAAAUAAUUGCGAAGACAUUGUUCGUAUAUUCUUAGAUCGUGAUGUUAAUGUGAAUGAUGUUGAUUCUGAAGGUAGAAGCCUUUUACAUUUCUGUAUUAAUACUACUGCUCUCAGACCAGAUUACAGAUACAACAUAGCUAAAAUACUUUUGGAAAAAGGAGCAUCAAUCCAUCUUCAAAAACAAGGAAGUUCACUUUUUUUUGAAGCCAUCAAAAAUGGAUAUCAAAAAAUAGCUCAAUUAUUCCUGGAUUAUAAUGUCAAGAUCCAAUACAUUAGUUCAGAUGGUUUUAUUCCACUUCAUAAAGCAAUAGAAAAGGAUUUUGAUGCAGAGUUUAUUGAAAAUUUAUUGAAACUCAAUUCACCAGUUGAUAUUGUGAACAAUGAUAUGCUUACACCACUAUUUAUUGCUUGCAAAAUGAACUUAAAACAUCAAGUAGACAUCAUAAAAAUACUUUUACAAUAUAAAGCAAAUAUUAAUUGCACUGAUAGUACAUCAAAUACACCCUUGCACAUUGCUUGUCAAGCUCGGAACCUAGAAGUCAUCACAGUUUUGCUGGAAAAUGGUGCUAAUCCAAAUUCUGCAAAUGACGAAGGUCAGACACCUCUUCAUUUAGUUUGUGCACAAAAAGAUGCAAAAGAUGAGUCUACAGAUGAAAUGACUUUGAAGAUAAUAGAAUUGUUGCUUCAAUACAAUGCAAAUAUUGAAGCUGUAGAUAUGAAAGGCUGGACCCCACUGUUUAUAGCUUGUGAUGCAAACAAUCAAGCAACAAUUAAAUUCCUUUUGGAUAAUAACGCGAAUGCUGAUCACUUGGAUUUAAAAAAUCUAACUCCUAUUUAUAUUGCUGCACAAAGCUCUAAAUAUAAUUCGGAAAUUAUUAAACUACUAUUGGAACGUAAUGUUAGAGUUCAUUCAAUUAAUAACGCAAAAGAAUCGAUAAUCCAUAUUAUCAUUAAUAGAAAUGAUGUGAAACUUAUAAAAAGCCUUGCUCGCACACAAGUUAGCUUUAAUUGUGCUAAUAAUGAAGGUGAUACUCCUCUUCAUGUUGCUGUUCAAGAUGGAUCUUUAAAUAUGAUAAAAAGUUUGAUAAAAUAUGGUGCCAAUAUUAAUAUAUUAAAUAAAAAACAUCAAACUCCUCUUCAAAGUGCCAUCAAGCAUUUGUUUGAGAGUCGAAAGAAAUUUGAAAAGUGCCUUAGACGCCGAUAUUCUAUUUGGGACCCUAGUAAUCUAAACACGUGGCAUAAUUCUAGUGACGAUGAUUCUGAUGACUAUUUAUACAGAAUUAAUAUACAAACAUAUAAACAAAUAAUCAUAUAUUUUAAAACACAAGUUGUCAAAUUGAAGAUUGCAGGAAUCGAGGUGAAUAAUCGAAAUCUAAAGACUGUUUACAAUUCUGAUGAUUUUUCUAGCGAUGAAGAAUUCCCUGAUGGAGAUAAUUUAGAUUGUUCAAUUGAUGUACUACAACUUGAAGUUGAUUGUGAGAUGGAAAUCGUAAAGAUGCAAAUGGAGAAUAUUUGCGUUAAUAAAAUCACCUUUUAUGAUUUGCUAAAAAAUAAUCUCCAUUUUUUACGUAGAUUUGUUAAUAAUAAACAAAUACAAAAAAACUUAAAACUAAAAAUCUAUGAUGAGAAGUUUCCAUUGUAUAUAAACAUCGCCCGAAGUCGAUUUCGUGAUGCGAAACUCCUCCAAGGACUCAUAGAUUCUAGCAAAAAAUAUUUUAAUUUAAAUAUCGACCAACGAUUGCCUAAUGAUUGCUUAGAAAUGAUGUUUAGUUACUUAAAUAUGAAAGACAUAGAGAUGUUUAUCAGAGCUUUUGAGCCAUUAUAUAGAUAUGAUAAAACAAGAGAAAUUCUAACUUACGGACUGCUAAUUGAAGCAAUUAAAAAGAGUGACAAAGAAACAGCCCGAAAUAUGAUACUAAAUAAUGUUAAAGUUAAUAAUUAUACAACACAAAGCAGUAGUCCGCUUCAUUUGGCUAUUACUCAAUUUGAAGACUUAGAUAUCAUGACACUGCUACUUGAUAAAGGAGCUGAUAUUCAUGCUAAGGAUAAACACAAUAAAAAGCCUCUACAUAUUGCGGUAGAGAAUAACAAAACAGAAGCUGCAUUAUUGCUUAUAGAGAAAGGGGCUCUUGUUGGAGAAGAUUUGAAUCCAUUGCUUCUUACAGCUAUUGAAAACAAUAAUCAUGCAAUAUUUCAAUGUUUAAUCGAUGAGAGACAGCAGUCUGAUCAAGAUAUUGACUUUAAUAGUCUUUUCAAGAGUGCUAUUUCUCAUGGAAAUCCAAAAAUACUUGAACAAAUUUUACCUCAUUGUCAAUUUUUAAAGGAGUCUGAUAGAUAUGUUCCAAGAGAACUUGUUGUAAAAGCUGGAUACCAAUACAAAGAGUGCGUAGAGAUGUUGAUUAAAUGGGGUUUCAUCAUCGAUCCAACUAGUAAUGAAGAUAAAGAUUUUGUUUAUGGAGCUGUAAAAUAUGGCCACCUACAAGUAGUGAUACAACUUUUGAAACUGGGAAUUAAAAUUAAGAUGAUGAAAUCGAGUGUAGAGUUGAAUCUUUUAAAAAUUGCUUGCUUCAAUAAACAUCACGAAAUUGUUGAACUUUUAUUAAAGCAAGACUCUUGUUCGGAUCCAACUACAUGUGAUAACUCUGGAACAAUAGGGAAAUGUUACUACCAUAAUGGACAUGAACACAAUUGUCCUCAUUCAUUUCUUUUUGACAAGAAUGAUGCAUGUGGUAGAAUAUGCUUAUACAUAGCUGUCAGAAAUUCUGACAUAAAAAUGACCAAAUUAUUAUUGAAAUAUGGUGCAACAAUAGUUGAUGAUCCAAAGUUUUUUAAAAUCACCUGUUUGGCUAUACGAAAUAAUUGUGAAGAACAUGUUCGUCUAUUCUUAGAUCAUGGUGUUGAUGUAAAUGGCAUUGACUCUGAAGGAAGAACUCUUUUAAAUUUCUGUGUAUUUUGUAGUAAUCAUGAUUUAAAAUAUAACAUUGCUAAAUUACUUUUAGAAGAAGGAGGAACUGAACAUCUUCAAAAACAAGACAGUCCACUUUUCUUUGAAGCAGUGAAAAAUGGACAUCGUAAAAUAGCCCAAUUAUUCCUGGAUUAUAAUGCCAAUGUUCACUACGUCAGUCCAGAAGGUAAUACUGCACUUCAUAAAGCUGUGAAAAGAGGUUUUAAUGUAGAGUUUAUAGAAAAUUUAUUAAAACUUGGUUUACCUGUUAAUGUUGAAAAUGAUAAGAUGAAUACACCACUUCUUGUUGCUUGCAAAGCAGAACCAGAUAAUCAGUUAGAGAUUGUCAAACUACUUUUGAAAUACAAUGCAAAUGUUAAUUGCAGUGAUUCUAGUUCGAACACACCUUUACACAUUGCAUGCCAAGAUCAAAACCUAGAGCUGAUUAAAAUUCUGCUUGAAUCAGGAGCUAAUCCCAAUGCCGUAAAUGAAGAAGACCAAACACCUAUGCAUUUUGUUUGCAAAGAAAAAACUGAUGAUACAGGAACUAUUAUAGAAUUGUUGUUGGAAUAUAAUGCAAAUAUUGAAGCUGUAGAUGCUAAAGAUUGGACUCCAAUCUUCUAUGCUUGUGAAGCAGUCAAUGAUAUUGCAGUUAGAUGUCUUUUGGAUCUUCAAGUUGAUGCUAAUCAUACUGAUUUAGAUAAUUUGACUCCUCUGUAUAUUGCUGCAAAACAUUGUAGAUAUAAUUCUGAAAUUGUUAAAAUAUUACUAAAACAUAAAGUUAAUGUGCAUUGUAUUAACAAAUGGGGAAAGUCAGUUAUCCAUGCUGUUGUUGAGAAUGAUAAUGCAGAGCUCGUCAAGUAUCUUGCUCGUACGCAAAUCAAUUUCAAUACUGUCAACGAAGAUGGACGUACUCCUCUUCAUACUGCUGUUAGAAACAAAUGUGUUGAUGUUACUAAAGAAUUGAUAAAAUAUGCUGGACUGAAGGUGAAUGAUCAAAAUAUGAAGUUAGUUUAUGAUAAUGAUACAGAGAGUCAUGAUGAAGUUGUUAAUCAAGAUGAUAUAGAUUAUAGAAUUGAUAUACCACAACUUGAGAGUGACUGUGAGAAGGAAAUUGAAAGAAUGAAAAUGGAGAAUAUUGGUAUCAAUAAUUGGACUCUUUAUGAUUUUCUAGAGAAAAGUAUUCAUAUUAUGAGUAGAUAUGUCAGAAAUUUCCAAAUCCAACGAACUUUAAAUCUUCGAAUUUAUGAUGAAAGAUUUCCAUUGUAUAUAAACAUUGUAAGAAGUCGAUAUCGUGAUGCUAAACUACGAUAUAGACUAAUGGAUUCUGCCAAAAAUUAUUUCAGUUCAAUUAUAUCUCCACGAUUGUCUGAUGAUAGUAUGGAUGCAAUAUUUAGUUACUUAAACCUUCAAGAGAUAAAGAUGGUUAUCAGAAUUUUAAGGCCAUUGAAGAAACAAUCAGCAUUAUUAAAUUCUAAUUGA